AUGCAUCGAAUUCUGGUCGAGAUCAUGGCAUUCCAUGCAACUCGCGACGAACGCACGAAAGCGUGUUGGAGAAUCCAGGAUUGUAACUCCUGCAUCAACAGCAAGCAUGGCUGUGGGUGGUGCUCUUCAAGCUUCUCUUGUGUGCCGGCCGACUCCUUACUGGAUCCCGUAUCAAACCACGGCAUAUGUCCUCUCGCGUCCGAACGUUUCGAGCUCCGUACAAAAGCUCUGGGAUGUGGCUGCUCUACUACUACGCUUCUUAGCGUCAUCGUUACCGUGUUUGCAACUAUUGCUGCACUCUUGCUGCUUUAUGGCGUUGGGCUGGCGUUGAAGAGUCUGAAUCCGUACCUGGGAUCAGGACAGGCUGCUGGCUGGGAGAUUGAGGUCAAAGAUGAUGGGACCAGGAUCGGGCACGAUUGGUAUCGAGGACGCUUUCGAAAAUGGUUUCAUUCGUUCUGGAAACCCAUGCCUGAUCUUUCAAAGCAAAGCGAGCAGGAAGCUGUCACAGAAAGGUCCCGUUUACUUGCUUGA